AAGCAGUUCGCAGUGUGAUGAAGCGCGGAAGUAGCGCGGGGGAAUUCCUCGACAAUCUGCACCUGUCUGAUCUUCUGUGGACACUUUUUACCUGAUUUACUUUGUCAACAUCGUUUGUGUAUUUCCUUGCCGGUGAGGCUGAAGAUGUUGCCCGAGCUGAGCGCCUGCGGUUGACUCUAAACGGGGCGUGUUUGCUUAUACAAGUCACUCGGCUCACAGCGGAUCUGUUUAGCCUGAGACGUGUAACGUUACGUGUUAACGUCUUAAAAAAGAAUCAUGGUCCAGCCGCAGCCGUCCGGGGGUUGCACUCUGAAGUGUGAGUUGACUGGGGAGGAGGCUGUGGGGGCUGGAGGUCAAGGGUCACUGAUGGCCAGUUCACAGGGGUCUCUGAAGGUCCCUCCUGAAUUAGCGGGAAAUGAAGUUGUCCUUCGACUCCUGACAGAAAAUCAACAGCUACGAGAGGCACUGAAGCGAAGCAACGAUGCCCUCAAAGAAAGAUGUGAAGAGAUGGAAGGAUGGCAGAGGAGGUCAAGAGAAGAACGAGAGUUUCUGAGCUGUAGGUUUCGUGAGGCCAGAUCCUUAGUGCAGCGACUGGCGGAGGAAAACCAGAGCUUGUUGGGCCAGCUCAACCACAGCAUCACUCACACGGGAAGUCUGAACAUUGACCAACCUAAGGAGUCUAGAAGUCAAGGUCAGGACCAAGGCCAAAAGGACACCAAUACAGAGAAGAAUGUCCUCAUGGACACAACUGAAGUAUUACAUCAAGCUGCUCUGAUGGAACAAGCUGAAGGAGUCACUGACAGGCACCUAAUGCCUCAAAGUUUGCCUGCUGUGGGUUCUAAUGACUUUCUGAAACUGCUGAAAAGCCACAAAGAGAAGCUAGAGGAAGGAAUGAAAGUGUUGAGAAGAAGAAACGAAGAGCUGGAGAAGGAGAAAACAGUGAAUGAGAAAGAGAGAGAAAACCUCCUUGCAACAGUGGAGCAGUUACGCUCCAAACUCACUCAGAAUGGUGGUGUGACUGAAGAAUCAGUACAGCAGACAUGUUCUCUCACUGUUCCUGCAGAACGUUCUCACUUGGCUAAACUAACUGAGCAGCUUCAAGCUACGCAAGGCAGGUACAGGGAGCUUCAGGAGAAACUGGACUGUCUUCAGAAGAACUCUGUGCAGAGAGACAGAACCGAGGCACUUCUCAAACAGAAAGAGAAGGACUUUGCUCAGCUGACAAAGGACAGUGAAGCUCUAAGAGCUCAAGUCACAUCCCUACUCGGGGAGCUGAAUGAACGACAAAACUGGCUGGAGAAGAGCGAAGCAGAAAAACGACUUUUAGAGGAUAAGCUGACUAAGAAGACCGAACGGUUGCAGGUCUUAGAGAGAGAAAUGGAACAGCAGAAGAAACAGCACAGUGUGACUGUGGACAAUCUUUUACUGAAGACUCAGAAUCUUGAAGCUGCAUUGAAGACUGAGAGGCUCGUCAUAGUAGAGGAGAGGAGGAAGUUGGCACAGCUCCAGCACGCAUACACCUGUCUUUUCCAAGACUACGACAACAAACUGAAAAGUGAAAAGCAGGCUAAUCACCGGAGCGAAGAGGCGGAUACACUUGCAAACAGGUUAGCAGAAGCUGAGAAAGCUCUGGCCCUGAAACAGGAUCUCAUCGAUAAACUCAAGGAAGAUACUGAGCAGUUGAGAGCUACUUUAGAGACUAUACCAGUACUGACUGCUCAGGCAGAAAUCUUUAAGAUGGACUUCUUGGCCGAGAGGGAGGCCAGAGAGAAACUGAAUCAGAGGAAAGAGGAGCUGCAGGAGGAACUGAGUAAAGCACUGGCUGAGAUAGAUAGACUCAAGCAAGAGGGAACCUCACGAGCCCGUAUAGAGGAGAUGCAACAGAGACACUUGGAGGUCUUCAGGCCUCGACCACUUCAUCCACCUUCAGUUGCACCAUUCCCAGGAGCAGGCAUGUUUAAUGCGGCCCAGCCUCCAUCUGCACGCAGGCGAGAAGAUGCUCAAGAUGAGCAGCCCGAUUAUCGCUGCCCCAAAUGUAUGUACAAGGCACCAGACAUGGACACCCUGCAAAUUCACGUCAUGGAGUGUAUCCAGUGAAGUGUUCACGUGCUCUCUUAACAUCUGAACUCUAAAAACAAUAGAAACAAGAAGAAAAAUCGAGAACAUGGUAAAUAUACCAUGACAUGAACCAUCCGAGGACUUUGGACAUUUAGUCGACUUGUUAAUGUAGACAGAUGUUUAGCAAAUAUUUUUAUCUUGUGGUUCUGGAGUUGCCACUAUGUUCCAGUACACUUAGUGUAUGUAUCUCUUUAAAGAAAAAUCUCAUCUGUGCUUUAAAGAAAUCUCAUCUGUACUGCCUUUCUGUGACAGCAUAGUGUAAUGUAAUGCACGUGUGAAUGUUUGCUUUACGUCCGCACACAUCUGACAGUGACUGUGUUUCCUUUAUAUCUGUGGUAAUUGUUUCUCUGGAUAUAUGCACUCUUGAAGAGUCAUGCCAGCCUGUAUUAAUAUUGUGUAUUAUCAGCCAAAGUGAUGAUGAAAAAACAAUUUGUACAUACUAUUGUUAUGAAGAGAUUUAAAACAAUAAAAGUGUGAAUAUUA